CAAAAAGCAAGUAAACGAAUAAGCCUGCAUCUAACGGUAGGCAAGAAAAUUUCGGUCUGUUUUUCAUUGCCAUUAUUAUCGAAAUAUAAAUAAAUUUGUGAUCAACACCAAGCGGACAACUUAUGAAAGUAAUCACAGCACCAUGAACGACAAUGAAAAAGGAUCGGAAGGCUCCGAUGGGAUUUUGUCCAACAGUCCCAUUGACUACGACCAGAAUUUCGAUUCUGAUCAGUUUUCCAUUGAAGCGCUCGAAGAUGGUUCUUUUUUCGAACCUCGUGAAUCUUUGGAUGUCGAUGACUCUAGUACGAAGGAGAACAACCCUCGAAACCUAGAUACCGGUGAAUCAAACGGAGAAUGCAGCAAGCUUCGGGGCAAACAAAACAAUUUGUCAUUAUGUGGAACUUUUUUCAAGCGCAAAUUUGUUGGAGAGACUUCUGGAACCAAGUUUGCAUCGGAGAUUAUUUAUGGUGAUACCGUUGCGGAUAUUUUGCAUGGAGUAUGGCAAAUUGUAAGACCUGUUAUUAAGCAAGAAGUUAUCUUCGAAGAGGACAACGGAAUCCAAGUUCCUUGUUGGAUGAAUACCGAACCAACAUUUGGUGACUUGGGAAAGUUUGUUUAUCUGCAAAACCAUGUAAAUCGUAGGCGCGUCAAUGUCGAUAAAGUCGACAGCAAGCUACUGAUCAGUUGGCGAUCUAAGGAAAUUCGUGUACAUGUUCACAUGUACUCAACUGCAGUAUCGUGCAAGCAGCUGUGGGAAUUAGUUGAUAAGAAGUUGAUUCGGUUCCAGAGCAGUGAUCGAGCGGGAGCUCCCACCAAUCAGUCUCUAACUGCAUUAGCCAAGCAACUUCAAGACAUCCAUGGUGCUCACUUCAGCGGGCAUGCAAGCUCCUGGAAAAUUUGGGCGAACUAUAUACACUCUGUUCCUGCACACGAACGUGAGCGUCGGAUGAAUGAACUACCGCCGUAUUCAAUCAUCAAAUUUUUUCGAUCGGUUCCUAUCUCGGAGGCAGUGCAGUUGGAAAGCGCUCGCAGUGGGCUGUCGGUUGCUAAGACUAUCAAUGAAGCGUUCACAACAGACCUUUCAACGUUGGAGAAUGAGGUAAACGAACUCCUAACCUUAGGUGGACGUAUCAAGCACCGGAUUCAAGCGCUACAAGUCAGAUGCUCGACCAACACUGGUAUUGUUACAGCCAUGCAGGAUUCCAUUAAACCAGAGGAAGAUGAUAUUAGCCGUUCUUUAGCUGAGAAUGUCUCGGAUAUGGAUGAUGUUGACCAUUUGUGAUCGAGCUUAAUGUAUUGGAUAAGA